UCUAAUUGCUUUCCUCUUCCGAGUAGAGCUAAGUACAAACGAGUGGUCUAGGGCGACGGGUACUGUUUCUCUGCUAUUUCGCCAUGAAAAUUGCUCAAAAUACAAAGUGAAGGCAGACGCAUAAAACCGUAUCUAUAUCAUGUUCCGUUGGUAAUUUAAGAGGGCACAAAAGAUUAACCUUUCUUUAGUAUAAAAUUUCAAGAAGUUGAAGGAUAGUGAAAUGUGGGCAAUCCCAUGAAAGGCAUAUCAUCCUUAGCUGCAUUAUCAGCGUCGCUCUCUUCUUUGAGAUUUAUUCGGUCUUCUGAUGGUUGUGGCCGCAAGUAUACCUAUUCAAUAAUCGUGGCAAAGAAGAGCAAUAACAAAUCCAAGCAGCCAUCUUCUCCUAAGGGUUCAGAGCCUCCGAGGAUUACGUCAAAUUUGAAACAAAAUUUGCAAUUCAUAAAAUUAGGAAAGGAGAUCCAAAAGAAAAGAAAUAUAGUAAAUAAGGCUGCCACUCGUUAUCGUAAAAAAAAGGCAGAGAAGGAAGAACUUCCUGAAGAUACAGAGCUCUACAGAGAAGAACCUACUCUCACACCUUACUAUAAUUCUUUUCCUAGCAUAAAUCAGGUUAUAAACACUGCUGCAAUUCCUGUCUUGCUUGUUGAUGGCUAUAAUGUGUGUGGCUUUUGGGCUAAGUUGAAGAAACAUUUCUUGAAUGGAAAACUAGACAUUGCUCGCCAAAAACUAAUUGAUGAACUGGUCACAUUCAGCACAGUUAGAGAGGUAAAAGUGGUUGUUGUUUUUGAUGCCAUGAUGUCUGGGCUGCCUUUUCACAAGGAAACAUUUGCUGGUGUUGAUGUGGUGUACUCAACUGAAACAUGUGCCGAUGCAUGGAUUGAGAAAGAGGCUGCAGAUUUGAGGAAGGAUGGCUAUCCAGAAGUCUGGGUUGUAACGUCUGACCUAAAUCAACAAAUUGCAGCCUAUGGAGCAGGAGCUUUUGUUUGGAGUUGCAAAACAUUGGUAUCUGAGAUCAAAACUGCAGAUAAGGAGCUUGAGAGGAUGUUGCGAGAACAAAGAUCUACAUCCAUGCAAGGUAAAUUGCUGAAACACAAUCUUGAUCCGGAUGUCGUGACUGCUCUCAAGGAUCUUAGGGACAAGCUUUCUGAAAGUGAAUUGCGUGCCAUGUCGUCGAAAGGUGGUAUAUCGUCAACAGCUGCUCGGUACUUAUCGCAAAGCGGGCGGUAUCCUUCUAAGAAAAGUAAAACCGAUAAAAAAGGGAAGAAGAGUCAGGCCUCCACAUCUGGUGAAGGAGCUUGUAACCUGACGCUACCGCAAACUCAGCCAGAAUCUUCAAUUCAGCCCCUAGCUCCCACUUCGGAUGUGGAUCCCUUGCCUGAGGGAUUGUCCGCCCAGCCCCCCGAGGUGACAGGGUAAUUGGGUACCCGACCC